GGGGGGGGGGGGGUUUUUGAUAAAAAAUAAAUAUAUAUCUGUACACUAAGUAUCAUGCAAGAGCCGGGGCGGAGGCGGCCGACGCCGCCGUUUCUACCCGGCCGUCGCGGCGGAUCGUCGUCCUGGAAGAAACUUUGCAACAGAUUCGGCUGGAUCGAGGAGUUGCUGCUGCUCGCCGCCGUACAUGUGUAGGACGGGGAGGGUGAGAGUGAACAGGAAGAAUACAAUACUACCGAUAAUUGUUUUCUGCUUGAAUAUUUGACCUUGCGAAGAAUUGUGAUUGCACUGGAUUUGGUGCUGUGUAUGUGGUUGCUACAAAAAUGAGUGCAAGAGGAAAGGCAUAUUUGGCAGACCUAGGGGGAAGCUUCACAGAAGAUGCACCAAGGCCACCUGUCCCAGGUGAAGAGGGCGAACUGGCAUCCACAGACAGUAGGCAAUUAAACCACUGUUUCUACCCCAUAAAAAAUGAUGGGCUUAAAAGUGAGGCUUCCACAGCAACCCCACGGAGACCAGAUUUGGAUUUGGGUUAUGAACCAGAGGGGAGUGCUUCGCCAACACCCCCAUACCUGAAAUGGGCUGAGUCGUUACACUCUUUGCUGGAUGAUCAGGAUGGAAUAAAUUUAUUCAGGACUUUCUUAAAACAAGAAGAAUGUGUGGACCUGCUGGAUUUUUGGUUCGCAUGCAGUGGAUUCAGGAAACUGGAACCUAAUGAUUCUAAUGAAGAAAAGAGGCUUAAAUUGGCAAAAGCCAUAUACAAGAAAUACAUUUUGGACAACAAUGGUAUUGUGUCUAGGCAGAUCAAGCCAGCCACAAAAUGUUUCAUAAAGGAUUGUGUUAUGAAGCAACAGAUAGACCCUGCUAUGUUUGACCAGGCACAAACUGAAAUUCAGACAAUGAUGGAGGAGAACACCUACCCUGUAUUCCUGAAGUCUGAUAUUUAUUUGGAAUAUACAAGGACAGGUGGCGAAAGUCCAAAGUUAUAUAGCGAUCAGAGCUCGGGAUCUGGGACAGGAAAAGCAUUAUUAGGAUAUUUACCUACUUUGAAUGAGGACGAGGAAUGGAAAUGUGACCAAGACACAGAUGAACAAAAAGGGAGAGAUUUGGCUACUGUAAAUAGGCUUACACAGAAAUUGCUCAUGGAAACAGCACCACAACGUGCUGGUCCAACCAGACGAUUCGAUGAGGCUCGGGAAUACAGACAUAGUUCAUGGCGGGAACCAGUAAAUCCUUACUACGUGAACACAGGGUAUGCCUUGGCACCAGCAACAAGUGCUAAUGACAGUGAGCAACAGAGUAUGUCAAGUGAUGCAGAUACCAUGUCACUGACAGACAGUAGUGUAGAUGGAAUUCCCCCAUAUCGAAUCAGAAAGCAACAUCGGCGGGAAAUGCAUGAAAGUGCCAAAGCGAAUGGACGAGUGCCACUACCUCACAUUCCGCGCACGUAUCGGAUGCCAAAGGAUAUUCACGUUGAACCAGAAAAGUUUGCUGCAGCACUCAUCAGUCGGCUGGAGAGUGUAUUGCGAGAACGAGAAGCAGAGGAGAAAUUGGAAGAACGGCUUAAACGUGUGAGAGCGGAGGAAGAAGGAGAGGAUGCAGAUGCUUCAUCAGGUCCCUCUGCUGUUAGCCACAAACUGCCACCUGCCCAAGCUAUGCACCACUUCAAUUCUCGUUACUCUGAGAUGGGCUGCAGUGGAUUGCAAAUGCUUGAUGCUCACGAGGAGAAUCCAGAAUCGAUUCUUGAUGAACAUGUCCAGCGCGUAAUGAAGACUCCUGGCUGCCAGUCUCCAGGACCUGGACGGCAUUCUCCAAAGUCCCGCUCUCCAGACGGCUUAUCCAGUGGAAAGGCGGCAGGAUUAGCUGGGUCGUUGCAACCUUCAGGUCAUAAACAUGUGUCUAAGACAGGUGUGAAAGUUGAGACUCCCAAUCUGUACCAUCACAAACAUGUUUACCACCAUAUUCAUCAUCAUAAUGGGAUGAAACCAAAAGAACAAAUUGAGGCAGAAGCCACACAAAGGGUCCAGAGUAACUUCUGGAAUGCUGACUCUCACCACUAUGCAACAAAAUCACGGAAUUGUGCAGAAAGUACGAACAUGGUACCUAAUCCAGCUGAGUCGUCGAAUUAUGGGAGUAAAGUCAACACACUGUCGAAACGAAAUACCAAGAAGACUGAGCCAGGAAAAGCAGAUGCUGGGAACUAUGAAACCCCUGCCCCUCCCGAGGACAUGGAGCGGAAUCAGAAGAUACUACAAUGGAUAAUUGAAGGAGAGAAGGAAAUUCACAGGCACAAGAAGGCUCCACAUAAUUUGACUGGGGCCAAGAAACAACCUAGUCAUGAUACUUCUAGACCAAGUUCAAUUGAGAGGCCAGGAACUGUUCAUCCAUGGGUCAGUGCUCAGUUGCGAAAUCCUGUCCAACCGUCGCAUCCAUUCAUUCAGGAUCCAACCAUGCCACCCAACCCUGCACCUAACCCUCUGACUCAACUGGAAGAGGCACGCAGACGGCUUGAGGAGGAGGAGAAGAAGAGUGGCAAACUGCAGUCCAAGCAGAGGUAUGUGCAAGAGGUUAUCCAACGGGGUCGCACUUCUCUCAGGCCUGCAUGUAUUCCAGUGCUGAAUGUGGUACCAGCCGUCUCCGACAUGGAUCUCUCUGAGUCAGAGCAUAAACCGCCGAAGAAGUCAGCGAAUGGUGUGUCUCAGCCUGGUGACAACAUUGUGGUGGCCUACUACUUCUGUGGGGAACCAAUUCCAUACAGAACAUCUGUUAAAGGGCGUGUGGUCACAUUAGGACAGUUUAAGGAGCUGUUGACUAAGAAAGGGAAUUACAGGUAUUAUUUCAAGAAAGUAAGCGAUGAAUUUGACUGUGGGGUGGUAUUUGAAGAGGUCCGUGACGAGGAAGCAAUUCUGCCAAUUUUUGAGGAGAAAAUUAUUGGAAAAGUAGAAAAAAUCGACUAAAUGCAAGCCAGCCAUGAAGAAGAGUAUGUAAUGGUACAAGAGAACAUUCAGCUGCUUGGAGUAUUUGAAAAUGCAUUACUGGAGGUCACAGUGGUUAACUGUGGAAAAUGCAUCAACCUGAUAUAUUAAGGCUUCCAACUCUCCACAGGGAUAUUUUACAACUGCUCGUUACAGCAGAAAAAAAUGGUGCUUUCAACACCAAGGUCUGCCAGUGCAGUCCUUUCAAGGGGAAUGUUUGCAGCAUUAUCAGUAUAUUUCAAACACUAAGUGUAAUGUAGCAUUGUAAAAUUGUAUUAGAAAUUGUAAUAUGAAACUGUUUACUAAAGCUGCAUAUUUUUGAUAUAAUGUAAUCUGAGGAAAAUAGCAUUUUUAAUGUAACAGUGCUCUUAUGUUAUUUUAAAACAUACAUACAGGUACUUGAGCUCACCAAAUGUGUACAGCCAUGUAUUAAUAGAUAUUUUGUCCAUAUUUCAAACCAUUGGUAGGUGUUUCUCUACUUGUAGAAUUGUUGAUUAUCACUAAUUCUACUGGCUUGUCAGGAUGAUGCCCAUCAAGAAAGUUUACAUAGUCACCUUUGAAAUUACUGCUGUAUCGGCCUUUUUCACAGGGGUAUGUUCUACUGUUUUGCACGACCCAAUCGGAAUGUGUAUGCCAGGGAGCAAUGACUGGGAGCAUUCCCCCACUUCCCUUUCUAAUGCGUUGCUAGUACCAGGCAUUAAUGGCUUUGGUACUUUCUAAUUUCUGCACGUUUUGGUUCACAGCUGUAUUUUGAAAGUAAAAACUGAAAUCUAGCUCAUUUGUCCCAAAUUCUCUCUACGAACAGCUUGAAUGGAUUAAAUUUCUGUUUUAUUUA